UCUUAUCCAUGUUCGCAAGACAAAAGGCUAAUUAAAAACCAUUUGAGGGGAUUAACUUAUUCAAUAAUGCACUUAAAACCAAUUUAAUAUGUAUUUGUGACACGGCCGGCCAGCUUGAAAAUUCAGAUGAAAUUGACCGGCAAGUGCUCAACAUUCCCUGCUAAGAUUAUCCAUUAUCUUUAAGAUAGAAUCAAACAGAACAUAUCAAAUGAAACAUGUUAUAUACUGUACAGUUCUGAGGAUAUAAGAAUCAGAACUGAUGGCUAUGGCAAUUGAUCAAGAAAGUUUCCCUCAUGAUCUCGCAGUUGUACUGUCAUCAGAGGAAAGAGACUUUCUAAUAUGUGGAAAUGGUGAACAGGUUAAGAUUAGCAGCAUAAAGGGAAAGAUUGUGGGCUUGUAUUUCUCCGGUUUGUGGUGUGGUUUAUGUCGCCAGUUUACACCAAAGUUGGUUGAAGCUUAUGAGGAUCUUUAUCCUAAAGGUGACUUUGAAAUAGUGUUCAUUUCAUCCGAUAAAGAUAAUGAAUCAUUUAAUGAAUACUUUGGGAAAAUGCCAUGGCUUGCUGUUCCAUUUGCUGAUGCUGAGGCGCGUAAGAAGUUAAAGCAGUCGUUCAAAGUAAGGGCAAUUCCACAUCUUGUGAUUCUUGAUGGGACGGGGAAAGUUUUGAGCAACGAGGGCGUCAAAUUUAUCAAACAUUUUGGUCCUGAGGCCUAUCCAUUUACAUCUGAAAGAGUAAAUUACUUGAGAGAAGAAGAAGAGAAGGCUAAAGUGAAUCAGUCUUUGAGGUCUAUUUUGGUACAUGAAUCCCGUGAUUUUUUGAUUUCAAACGAAGAAAGCAAGAUUGUUGUGUCUGAUCUUGAAGGGAAAACAGUUGGCCUAUAUUUUGCUAUGGCUUCUCAUAAAGGGUGCAGGAAUUUCACCUUGAAGCUAGCAGAUGUAUAUAAAAAACUCAAACAAAAGAAUUUUGAAAUUGUGCUUCUAUCUCUGGAUGAAAAAUAUGAGGAUUUUAAUGAAGGGUUUGAAGCAAUGCCAUGGUUGGCUUUAUCUUUCAAGGACAAGAACUGUGAGAGACUCGUUAGGUACUUUGAACAUAAACUUCUACCGCAGCUAGUUGUAAUUAGUCCAGAUGGGAAGACUCUGCAGCAAAAUGCAGUUAAACUUGUUGAAGAAUAUGGUGAUCAAGCCUUUCCUUUCACCCAAGAAAAGCUUAUUACUUUGGCUAAUCUAAAGAAGGAAAAACUAGAAGCACAAACAUUAGAGUCUAUUCUUGUUACUGCAGAUCGAGAUUUUGUCAUUUCGAAUGGUGGUUUAAAGGUUCCUGUGUCUAAACUAGUGGGGAACAACAUUGUACUGUAUUUUGCAGCUCAGUGGAGUCUUCCAAGUAGAGAAUUUCUACCUAAACUCAUCACUACAUACCAAGAAAUCAAGAAGAAAGAUGAAACAUUUGAAGUGAUUUUCAUCUCUAGUGAUCAAGAUGAAUCUUCCUUUAAUAACUUAUUUUCAAGAAUGCCAUGGUUAGAACUCCCUUUCGACGAUGACAGGAAGGCGUUUCUAUGGCGCAGAUUCAACAUAGUAGGCAUUCCGGUGGUCAUAGCAAUUAGUCCUAGUGGCUGCACUGUGAAUACACAAGUAAGACAGCUGUUAGAGACACAUGGUGCAGGAGCCUAUCCCUUCACAGAAGAACACAUAAAGAAUUUGCAGCAACGCCUCGAUAAAACUUCAACAGGUUGGCCCAAAAAAGGCAAAGAUGAAAUUCACAAUGAGCAUGAACUUGCAUUAAUACAUCAGCAAGUUUAUCUUUGCAGUGGGUGCAAGGAGAUGGGGUAUGGUUGGUCUUUCUUCUGCAAACGUUGUGAUUAUGGGCUACAUCCAAAAUGUGCUCCAAAACAAGAAGAAAUGAACUGAAAGCAAAUGUUUGAUGAGAAGCCCUCAAGCCCCUUUUAGUAAUAGAUCCACUUUAACUUUGUGACCUCUAAUUCAUCUUGUGAUUAGACAUCCAAUUUGUGUAAUUUUGUAUCAUUUUAUGCCUGAGCUUCUAGUAUAUGUAACAGUCUAGUGCCUCUUGUCACGCUAGUGAUUAUUUUUUGAGAUUAUGGUA